AUGCGGGAGCCGCUUCCCACGGGCAGCGGGAGGGUGAGCAGGGACCACCGGGAGAGCGCGACCUCCGGCGCGCAGGGACAGCGCGGUGCCGGGCGCGGCGCCGGAGCUGCCGAGCCGCCCGGGGGAGGCGGUGUUUCCCCGGGCCGCUGGAGAGCCCGCUCGCCCGGAGCCCGCGGAGCUCUCACCGGUCCUGGGGAGCUGCGGCUGCCCGCUCACCCCGUGCCCGGCAGGAAAGUUAUCCGCCCCCUUGCUGCCUCGCUCAGUCUCCGCUUUUGCUCAGCUGCCCGCUAUGUGACUGGGUUUCGGCUGGCCGCUUGCCAGAGGGAACGUACAUCGACCCCUCAUGUAGGGAAGAAAUUUGGUGCCGGUUCUAUCACUUUGCCCGGCUGGCUUGGCGCGGCAGCGGCGCUGCCUUCUCUGCCCCGUCUGCCAGCCUCCAAGCCAGAGCACGGCUCUGCGGCGACCAGCGCCACCGGCGCACGGCCAGCGCCGCUCUUCCGGGCUGCCUCGGACAAGGAGCGGCCCAAAGGGAGCCAAAGGAGUGAGGGACAAGCUGCCCUGUGUCUCGCGAAAGCCCUGCGUGCUCCUGGUCCUGCUGUUCCGCACGUUCGUGCUUCCAGCAGCGCGCACGGUGCCCUGCCGGAGAUGCCCCGCGGGCACGGCCCUCCCCGUCGGACGGCGCUGCAAUGACACGCUCUAACGCAGCUAUCAGUCACUUACACAGGCACACCCGUAUAUAUAUAUAUAUAUAUAUAUAUAUAAAACGCAUAGAUAUGUAGGUACUCGUAUCAACACACCCCCGCAUGCACAGGCGGCCGCCGCGGGGAAGCCGCAUCUCCCCGCGGACGGGGCCGCCAGAAGUCGAGCCGCCACGGCGAAGGCAGGAGGAGAAUUAACGCAGCAGGAAAAAGCAUCAGGAGAGAGAUCCCGUGGGGAGCCGCUGCCGGAGCCGCCUCUGGGCCCCGCUCUCCGCCGCGAUGCCGGCAGCCGGGCUCGCCGCCCGCCGGCGCUGCGGGGAGCUGCGGGCAGGGAAUCCCUCUGCGCCUCCCGGGUCGGGGAGAGCCCGGCUGUGGGGGGACUUUGCUACAUUGAGAGUGCCUGGAGCAGCAAUGGUCUCACCCUCAUGCUCUGGGACCCCUUCUGCUCUUGGGAAUGUUUCUCUGCAGUUAGGCUGAGGAUGUCAGGGAGGGUGGUCACAGUUAAAAGUUCGCUAAAAAGGAGAUUGAGCUUUGCUUUUCUGUAGGUUCUCUGACAGCCCUUUUCCCUUCAGCUUCUUUAGGCUUCUUGUAAUGAAAAGUGGUUUUCACGGGCAUCUUACAGUUAAGGAGUUUUCUUCAACCAAACUGGCUCAAACAAAAAUGUUUCUUUUCCUUGUGCACUGUUUUUAGAAAUAUUACCUUCAAUAAUGUGCAGUGAGCUGAGUGGGGAUAGGAUUUAAACAGACAGCUUCAUGCAAGUUAAAUGCAAAGAGAGUUGCUCCGAAGAAUGAAGCUAAUUGUUGGGUUGAUAAAUGCAUUAGAAAAUGCAGUGAUAAGUUUCAUUCCUAAUUGAACAGAUUUGUACUUCAGUUCACAUCUUGAGAUACAGAUCUUUAUCUUUCAUUGUUUUUUAGUAUUGAAUUGAUGUCAACAGUUCUUGAUAGCUAGAAACGAACCAAGCUAUUUGUCCUGUUGUGGCUGUAUUGAAAGAUUGAAUCAUUUGAACUGAUAGCUCUCCUGACAAGACUGAAAAAAAUAAAUUAUUAAAACGAUACAUGUAUGAGGGCUGGGAUGAUUGAAAUACAUGUCUGAGCAUUGAAAUAAGUGAAAUGUAAUAAACCAAAAACUAAUCAAAGAAGUGAAGUGGGACUGUAACCCUCUUUUCCCAUGCCCUGCUGACAAAGUCAACACCCAAGAGAGACGUUUUUAAACAAAGUGGAAACAAAUAAUAUUUUAUGAUCUUUCAGUCACUUUGUCUAGAGUCAGUCCCACACUGAAAUUCCAACAGGGGCAACCUCCUUAGUUUUCACUAUCAAAGUCACCUAUAGAUUAAUCAAUACAUAUCCUGUUCCCCCAUCUGUAGGAAGAUCUGUCAUCUUUCAUGGAGACCUCCCACUUUAUUCUUUGUGUGGUGAUGAAGAGCUCAAGCAAGAAAGGAAGUUUCAUUUCACAAGAGGAAGCUGUUCUAUUUUAGUACAGUAUCUUUCAAACUAUUCCUACAUUUAUUAAAAUGCAUGUAUUAAAAUGCAUGUUUCAUUACCACUAAGAAUAUGCUGAAGAUGAAGCCAGGUGAAAAAAGUGUACAGUGUUUUUUAUAAUUGUCAACCACAUUGUAUGAAGUAAGUGCGCGCUCCGGUUUUACACACAAUUACUUUUGUUUUGUAUUUUUGCUUCAGGUAGCACAAACACAACAUAAGAUUUUUACAUACACAGAAAUCAGAUAUCAGGUAAACUUCAGAUGUAGUCAACAACAUGAAGCAGCAUUUAUAGUCAGACCAGAUGAGCCAGAACUGUUUUUGUGUAGUAUGAACUAUGUUAACUAAGAAACUUCACAUAAUAAGCUGAUGGUAGAUUGGCAUCUGUUUUAGAUUCUUCAGCUUCAGCAGCCUGGCAGCACUCAAGUCACCAAAAAGAAUGGAGUGACAAAGGAUGAACAGCAUUAAAAGUUGAAGAAAUGGAGGCUAAACACGAAGAUAAAUUGUCAUUGUUUAAAAAAUAUGAGAAUGAAAGGAAGAAUUUUACCCACCAAGCAAAUAAUCCCUUGCAGAUGAGUAAGAUGAGUAUUGGACAUGGUCUGCCCAGCAUCUCCAACCUGGCCCAGGAGUGUGCCUGUGGGAGGAUGAAGAGAGCAAGGACUAUUCAAUCAGUAAAUGCUUUCAGAUGGCUCAGGGUUUUUUUCACAUUUGUAGCUCCCAGAGAGAAAGGAUAAAAAGAAGCUGCUUCCACGGCUGCCAAAGAAGUGGAGAGUUGGUUCUGCCUGUGGAUGAAUGAGGAAAGCCUUCCCCCCCUACAGCUACCACAGCACCCCUCCAAACCUUCAAUAGGAAGGACAGCUGCUUCAGCUCAGAUUUUUCUCCUCAGUUCCACAACAGGAGUUUGGUGCUCUGUGAAUGAAUUCAGUGUUGGCUGUAAAUGCAAGGAAUGGUAGCCGCACUGCAGAGAAGGGGAUGUAGGUGUCUCUUGAUGUGGGGAACAUGCUAAUGUAUGUGUGCUGUACACUGUGCUGAUACUCAGGGCAUAUGAAAAAGUAAGAACCUGGCCUACUUGGACUAUCCUGUAAAAGCUUAGUGGUUUUCUGUCACAAUGCAUGAGGGUUGCAUGCAUGACCUGCACCUAACCCUAGGGAAACCAUCUGGCUCUGGUGGCUGUACCAUUUUCUUUUGUUUCUUGCAGAAACUCACUCCAGGUCAGAACUGUGUGACUUCACUGCAUGAAGGAGUCAAAUAUGCCAGAUCUUUUGCUGCUGAAUAAAAUAGGAAUUGCUUUUCCAUCAGUCUUGAAGUUUUGGGAGUUUUCCUGCCUCUCCCAGCCAUGUAUUAACAGUUCAAGAGCUGCGAAAUAGUUCCAAACAUCACUGUGUGCUUCUCUCACCAUUCUUGAUGCCAUCUGCUGAACACAGGCAUGGUUCUUACUCACACAGCUCCCAGUAGUCCAGUUUUGUAGAGCUCUGUGACACUGGUUUUUGCUCAGCCCUCAUCUCAUGUUGCACAGCCCUUUCUUCUCAGCACAGCCCGUCCCUGCCUUUAGGCCAUAUUGGUUAGCUACCUGUCAGAAAGGAUGCUCUUUUCUGCCUGUUUUUCCAUGGUUUCCAGGGACCAAAAUGGAGAUAAAGGACAAUAGUAGAAAAGCAAUUAAAAGCACACUUUUGUUUUGGUUGUUGUUUUUCUUUUUAAGCAGUCUACUUUUAGUUACAGUAAACCAAUGUCAACUUCCCUUUUUCAGUCUGACACAAAUUAUGUAACUAGCAGAGCUUUAUAUGGGUCCUAUCUCCAUUCCUUGGAAGAAGCACAAUCGGGGACUCCUCUGCCUCGAUGUGCUGCUCCAGAAUUACAUCCAAGGGAUUUGUAGGACAUACAUCGCAGGACACCUCCCUGCAGGAUGUCAGGGUGCUGUGAGGUCCAAUGGUCCCUGGGGACCAGGCUGAUAUAGUGACAAAGUCAGGUCCAAGGCCAGGCUGGGAAUAAAAGACUCACAGAUCAGGGUCUAGUGCCCUCAGGGCCCUUGUAGAUGAUUCAAAUAGAAAAUACAGUUCCACUUCUGAAGUAAAUCUACUCCCAGACAUCCCUAUCAUGUGGAGGUUUUCUGUUCUGUAGAUGUGUGUGCCAGAUUAUCUCUCAUUACAAAAACAUGAAGGCACUAAGCUGAAGCUUCAGCUCUAAUACAGAAUUUCCCAAGAGCUGUUGAUUCCAAGGCAAAGCAAGCCCUUAUGCAAUUCCAGCACUGUUUUGCUCACAGAAAAAAACUACCCACAGCCUCUCAUUCAGAAGUCGUGAACAGAGUUUUUUAAAUUAGUAUAAGAAACACACAACAUUUUUCUAAUUUUUAUACAUGGAAGAACAUUUUGUCAUGGUACCUUUGAAGUGUUCCUUCUGAGACUCAUUCAUUUGCAAUGAAACCUAGGAAUUCAUUUGGAUUAUCCACAUCUACUUGUAUUUUACAGUAAUAUCUGUCUUCCAAGUGUUACCUCUCUGUAACUAUUGAAUAUUUUAAUUUUUUUUCCACAGGAAUAA